ACGCACACGCAAACAGCUGUUCAAUUUUAGGUUAUGUUUUGAUUUAAUUGUUAUCAUAAUUUUAAAAGCCGCACAAAAAUGCUCCGCAGCAUUCGGCAAAUAGCAAGACUACGAAAAUUCGUGUCAGCUCCGGUCUGUAAUUUACUCAACACACAAACGGCUCCAGCAGCCGCAUCAUAUGCUAUAACAGCAACCAUUCACAGCAGCCGAGUGCUGCAGAAAUACGACAAGAAAUCCUCGAGAGCAACAGAAGACUUCGACAGCGACGAUGAGGCAGACGCUGAAUUCAAAGAUGAACGCGACUCGAAAGUGGUGAAGACCAAAGUGAACUCACUCCGCGCGGAUUUGCUACUCAAAUCCGGACUGGGCAUGGCCAGAAACAAAGUGGAGCUUAAUUUCUAUGAGAGCAAAAUACGUGUCAAUGGAAAAAAGCUGCUAAAGAAGAGCGUCCAACUCGAAGUGGGUGACGAGAUUGAUGUGAUCCGCGGCUUCAGUCAGACAAAUCCGUCGCAUCUUGUGAUCGCACGUGUCGUUAUACUCUCGGCCGAGGGACGGGAGGAGGGUCUCAGCGUACACUUGCGCCGCUACAAAUCGCUGCUCAUUGAGAACUAUAGCGGCCCGCAAGCUUACAAGUCCUCGGAGGCCAUCGCACACUAGCUCAAGCGCUGUUGAAUGAAUAAAUCAAAUCGCUGACACGAAUAAUCAACAAAAAAAAAAG